UAGCUUGGGUGUCAGCCAUCUUUGGAAGGAGAAAUGGGGAGGGGAAUAACAUUGGAAGUUCUAAAGUGAUUUUGACCUGAAGUAUUUGAAAGAAGUUAUAAAGAUGUACAUUAAGCCCAAGGGGAUAUAUAGCCAUUGACAUUCAGAUGCUAGAAGUACAGAGUAUCAAGCUAAGGGACACUAUAGAACAGAAUAAAGGCAUUGAGGAGUAAUUGUGUGUUGUAAGCCACCAAAACCUGGAAUUGCUGCUCCUAGCUCGGCAUUUGUCACCAGGGGGCAGCACAGCAAAAGCAGUUUCAUAGAGGACAGUACUGAACAACUGGAUUGUCGCUAGGAGGCAGCAUUGAACAGAAGAACGGUCACUAGAGGUCAGCAGGUGUAGUGAGGUAGCAUCAUGGCGUCUGGAGGGGAGGAGGGAGACGCUGUAGGAAAGCAGUCUGAAGAUGAGGACAAACCCCAGGACACCACACAAGCAAGUGAUGGCAAGCAAGAGGGGAAGAAGAGAAAGUUUAAGCCUUUGAAGGCCAUGAGGCGUUUCUUCAUGGGCCGUAAACGCAGCAAGACGUCAGAUGACCAGGCUGUCAGCAUAGUUGCUGUACGCUCUGCUAAAUCCACAAGUGAACUGUUACAUGUAAAAGCAGGAGAAGAAAGACCCGUUACCCUUGCAGGUAAUCUGAGUCUGUCGGCAGACAGCAUCUUCUCUCCAGACCAGAAGAAAACCAGUGAGGUCAGAGACCUGAAGGAAGCAGCUUUGUCUUUAGAGGCUUUAAAUACUCAGGCAAUCAAUCUCAAGAGAACUGGGCACUCUACAAGUCGUAGAAGCUUGGGAAGCAUGGACAGCUCGGAGGAUGAUAUAGAGGAAUUUUACCAUCUUCCCAAGCCUGCUUUUAGUCCUGCCAAAAAGGAAAGCAGUGAGGAUGGCAUUCAAGCCAAAGAUGUAGACUUAGAUGCAGUAAAGCAGACAUCAGCUCUUGGUAAUGUGGCUGCCAGACACAAGAUGGCCAUCAGACCUAAGUCAAGGCGAGCUUCAUCCCAGUUCCGCAGCCCACAGAAAAGUGAGCCUCGACCUGCCACGCCUGUGCUGCCCAGUGUGAAUGAAGAGCCACCCCCAAAAUCUAGUCCAAAAAGAGAACAUAAAGAAGAAAAGAAAACUGCCAAGAAGUUUAAAGGUACAUAGGGUAAACUCACCAUGUGAUAUGCAAUUUGCAUGAAGUCAGUGUAGUUUAAACCUAUAAAAGGAUAAAAUGUCUCAAUAUGUUUGUUUUUGUUGAUGUUGUUGCGUUGCUCAGAAUGUUU